GCCUGAUCUGUUCUACCCCUGUACCCACCCUCUCCCUCUCACUGUUCUGUGACCAUUCGGACGAGCCAGCCUUCAGCAGCAGUUCUCUGAUGCCAGCAGGGCAAGCCACCGAACAGCAGCCACGACGCAGCAAGAGGAUCGCAGAUCGCCAACAGCAACCGCAACCUGCAGUUCGACAGCAGCCACAGACCAGCACUCAGAUGGCGAACACGCCGAACAGCGGAACGUCAUCCGAGGCUUCGACAUCUAGCAAUGCCGAACCAUUGCCGAUCUGUCCGGCUCAAGGGCCGAAUGAGUCCAUCGGGGACUACAUUCAGCGAGUGCAGACCUAUACGGCCGCACUAACCCUUGCCAAAGAACGGCAAGAUGCUGCCGAAGCAGACAGACAGCGGCUGGCAGCAGAAGCUGCAGCCCAAGCCCAGCAACAAGCUGAGGCGGCGCAGUUGGCGACCGACAAGCUCAACGCUGACAGUGCCGAGCUCCUGAUCUCUCCACAAGAUCAGUGGACAGCGGUACUCAACGGUAUGCGUUAUGUUCCCGUAGCAGGCGCCGAGCCAGCGGCAGUACAACAGGAGAGACAAAACCUGGCAGACAUUCUACUCAACACAAUGCGCGCAGUCAUCUGGAACAGCACCAUGGGGGAACUUCAUUCCAGGUCUACACGGCAGCUGCAGCACGAUCUUAGCCAUAACGUGAAGACGCUUGCAGCAGCCGUCAAGAUCGUGGAUUCCCAGCUGAAACAGAUGGACACCCGCAUUGCUGCUCUGGAGGCAAGGACUUCCCAAGCAGCGCCAGGCUGCACGACAGACACGGCGAAACAGCUCAACGAGCGCAUCGACCAUGUCGUCACCCUAAUCGGCGACCUAAGUGACUUCACCAGUCCGGCUAUGAUCAGCAGCACGGUGGCCGCCAUCAAGACGGACAUCACCAAGCUGCAGUCGCAACCGGCAGCAGCUGCGAAGGUAUACAAGAUGCCACGCUUCAACAUCGUCGCGACCCCUCACACUUCGAUUGCUUGUCACGUGGUUUCCGUUGCGAGAAUUCGAGACGCCAUAGCUCAGAAUGACGUCGAGGAGAUGGGCCUUGUAUUCUUGCAUGCUCUCCCCUUGCCGGACGGACCAGCCGCGUCACCGCCGGCCCCACGCAUUUCUCACCUCUUGGACGAGUAUGGAGACGUCUUCGAGGCUCCCACCGGAACGGUUCCGRAUCGGCCCAUACGUCACGGGAUCACUCCCGCGGUUGGUGUCGUCCCUCCGCGUGGAUGUAUCUACCGCAUGAGCGAAGAGGAACUCGAGGUGCUUCGCGCACAACUCGGUGACCUUCUCGACAAGGGCUGGAUUCGCCCUAGUUGUUCGCCUUACGGUGCCCCUGUUCUCUUCGUCCGGAAGAAGAAGAAAGACCUACGGUUAUGCAUCGACUAUCGCAAACUUAACGCACAAACCGUAAAGAACGCCGACCCUCUCCCUCGGAUUGAUGAUCUCCUUGAGCGGUUAGGCGGCGCGACGUACUUCUCGAAGUCGGACUUGAAGUCGGGUUACCACCAGAUUGAAAUCCAGCCUCAAGAUCGGUACAAAACCGCGUUGAAGACGCGGUACGGGCACUUUGAGUGGGUUGUCAUGCCUUUUGGCCUCACCAAUGCCCCCGCGACUUUCCAAGCAGCUAUGACGACUGAGUUUCGCGACUUGCUCGAUCACAGCGUCCUCAUCUACCUCGAUGACAUCUUGGUUUAUAGUAGGACAUUGGACGAGCACAUCGUACACCUUCACGCUGUUUUGGAUCGGUUGCGACCGGCCAAGUACAAAGCGAAUCUCGACAAGUGCGAGUUCGCCAAGCAGGAGCUUGAGUACUUGGGUCACUAUGUUACGCCAAAAGUCAUUCGUCCCUUAGCGGACAAGAUCCAAGCCAUCGUGGAUUGGCCGGAACCCCGUUGCACAACGGAUGUACGCUCUUUCAUGGGCUUGGCUGGAUAUUAUCAGAGAUUCGUCGAGUCAUACUCGAAAGUGGCCGCUCCUUUGUCGAGACUUCAGUCCCCAAAGGUGCCCUUCGAGUUCGACGACGCAACCCCACCUGAGCUCGCACGACUCUUGCACACCGGUUGGAUUACCAACCAGGGUGUUCCGGAAGACAUAGUGAGCGACCGAGAUACUCGCUUCAUGUCGGCCUUUUGGACUUCCCUUAUGGCUGAGUCCGGCACGACAAUAAAGUCGAGCUCGGCUCGGCACCCGCAGACGGACGGCCAGACGGAGCGAGCACACCAAACAGCUCAGAUGAUGUUGCGUACGCCCAUCCGUCUCGACCAGAAAGAUUGGGUUGACCGGCUUCCCGACAUUGAGUUCGCCUAUAACACUUCGGUGCACCCGGCGAUCUGCGUCACACCAUUCGAGUUACAUCAUUGUGGAGAGAAAGCACGGAUCUUCGCUGAUCUCCUUCUGCCACGGGCCGCCGACAUAGACGUCCCUUGCUCUCCCGCUUCCGUUCGGAAGUACCGGGACUUGCUGAUCAAAGCCCGCGCGAAUAUGCAAAAGGCUCAAAUCCGCAUGCAGCAGCAAGCUAACCGACGUCGACUUCCAUGUCCUUUCCGCGAGGGAGACCUUGUUUGGGUCCUCUCCGAGGAAUUUGCGCUCGAGCAGGACGUUUCGCGCAAACUCCUUCCGAAAUGGUUCGGACCAUGGGAAAUUACUUUUGCCGUUGGAGACGACCCCGCAGGUCCUUCCUUUGUGGUCAACAUGCCACCGCACCUUACGGUGCACCGGGUCUUCCAUGCGUCGAAGCUGGCCAUCUACACGCCACCUUCCGCUGACGAGUUUCCGGCCCGACGAUCACAGGAUCCGCCUUCUAUGGACGGACAUCAGGAAGUCGACCGAGUCCUCACGCACCGCAAGUAUGGCAACAAGCCAAGGCAGUACAAGGUCACAUUCAAGCAAUGUGCGCCUGACGACACUCAGUGGAUCGCCCGAGCAGACUUGCAGACUUCUGCACCCCUGAUCUUCGCCGACUAUGAGAAGCGACGACUUGCCAAGGAAGCAGUUCGUCCCGCCCGACCCGCCCCGGUAUCGGACAGACAACUCCGCCCCCGCAGGUAGCUCGGUCUUUUAAGAGGGGGAGUGUGUUACAUCUUCCACGUCACACGGGUCCUACCGGACCCGACUUAGGGCCAAGAGGACACAGUAGGGCCUAAAGUCCCGGACUUGAAAGGCCACGUUUUUGGACCAGACCUGACGGGUAGGCCCAAACGACAUUACCGCUUGGGCCUGGCGGCGCUCUUGAGGCUGCCGCGCGCCGGUCUGAUCUGAACCGACGAUCUCGACGGUUCAGGUCACGGCCAGGCCUCGCAGCAUUGAGGCCGGCCUCGUUUCACUGGUACUAAAGACCGGUCCAGCCUCAUUCUGAG